UCCUGCAUGUCCCCAUUGCCUUGGUGUCCCCUCUGCAGCCCUGUGAAGACCUGCGAUAGGCAGCAGCCAUGAAGAUCCUGUUCCUGCUUUUCCCCCUGCUCCUCCUGCUGGCCCAGGGUGCUGCAGGAAGUGAACUUCGAUGCAAACAACGAAGAGGAUACUGUAGUUUUGGGAGAUGUGUUCCCCCUGCAAGACCAAUUGGUAGAUGUACAGCACAAACUCUCUGCUGCAAAGGGGCUGGGCCGUGUUUCCUGCGCCCAUCCCAAAGAUUUCCCUGCUGGCCCCACAGCCCAUUGCCGCUGCGACGCGGGUGUCACAAGAGGUGUUGUGUGGGCACAACGGUGACAUUGAUUGCAACAGCCCCAGGAGGCACCUCAGCCUCUGCCCCUGCAGCAGGGAGGGACCAGGGCCAGCCCCAGCACCCCCAGAGCCAUGGGGCACUCCCGGGUUGGCCCAGGGCACUUGUGCCAGCAGCAACUGGGGCCUGUCCCACCCACCAGCACUGCUAUAAACCCAGCGUCUUUGGGGCACAGCAGCAUUCCCUGGCCCCAAGGGCAUCUGGACACAGCCAUUCCUCUUGGGUUUGCUGCUUCCUGAACUUCAAAGCCUUUGUCAGGGAGCCCUGUGAAGACCUGGGAGAGGCAGCAGCCAUGAAGAUCCUGUUCCUGCUCUUCCCCCUGAUCCUCCUGCUGGUCCAGGGUGCUGCAGGCAGUGCAGUUACAUGCUGGCGACAACGGGGAUUCUGCUCAAGGCUUUCUUGCCCUCGUGGUACACUUGUUGCGGGAAGAUGUGCCCCUGGCAUAUUGUGCUGCAGGAGUUCCUGGGGUUGAAACCCUGAAAUUCCCAAGCAGGACAUCCCCUUGCUUCUGGCUCCUGGACCCAUCUGCUGAUGUCCCCAUCUGCUGAUGUCCCCUCCCGUCCCUGCCUGUGCCCUGCCCAGCUGGGCUGACAGCAGCAGUGGCAGCUGCUCCUGCUGGCUGCUGCUGGGCUGGAGCCCUGUGGUGCCAGCCCCGGUGUCUUUGGGGCAGGGGCUGCUUUUCCCGACUUGAAUAAAGACGAGC